CUCGAUUCUGUUUAGGCCGGAGUUCUCUGGUCGAUGAAACGCGCCACAAGUGUGUGAGUUGUUCCACGGGUUUCGUCUAAGCACACACUCACGCACACACCGCGUUAAUAAAAAAGAAAAAAAAAGCACACACACACGGAGAUCCCGCACACACAUAUCCCCUCAGAAGUGUAUGUACGGUGGAAACCAGCCAUUGUGUCAGUGUCUUGUGCCAAAGAACGUGUGUGUAACUCUAUCGUGAAUUAUUGAAUUUCGUGGGUGCAUCUUGUGACUAAAGUGUGACUAUCAAGUCAGUCGGCCGGGAUUUGUUCGCCAUUUCACUUCACUUUGUACGACACACACGUAAACAUGGACAAACCCAUUUUCCCUCUCAUGCAGUCUGGAACGUUGGAAUUGAGUGGCACGGCCCUGAAACGUUUGGAAGAAUUGAAAAUCGGCGGCAUUGACGUGACAGCCAUGGCUACAAUGGACGCUCUGAAGAUGUUGCGACUCUCUGACGUGGUCAACGGCAACGAUCAGCUGGUGGCGGUGGACGAACUGACGGAUCUCACUUCUGCCAAACUGUCGUUGGCCAACGAAGCCGAAACGGAAGUGGAGUCUCUGUCGGAGCACAGCAGCGGCGACAGCGACAGCGGCUACGAUUUGGGUGGCGACGGUGAUCUCGAAGAUGUCAGUUUAGUCUCUACGGCGUCCGUCUCUGGCGGAUCGCUGUCCAGCCGGAGUAGCGUCACUGGCGGCAGCACGGAAUCGUUGCCGCUGGCCGUGGCUCAACAGAGCCAACAGCAGCUGUUGCUACAACAACAACAGCAACAACGUUUCGCGGUUUUGAGUUACGAGCAGGUGUCCAGGGUGCACGACGUGAUGAACGAGACGGUGAGCAUCCACGGACGUGGCAAUUUCCCAACGUUGGAGCUGCGCCUGCGCGACCUGGUGACGCUCGUCCGGGCCAAAUUGGAAGCGGACGGAGUGCCGGUCAAGGACAUGCGGAUCAACGGCGGAGCGGCUUCUUACGUUUUGGCGCUGGAUCGCUGCCAACCGCAAGCCUACAACGAUUUGGAUCUCAUUUUCGGCGUGGAUUUGUCUUCGGCCCGCACGUUCGAUCGCAUCAAGACGGCCGUGCUCGACUCGCUGUUGGACUUUCUUCCGGCCGGAGUGUCUCGCACGCGCAUGCUCUCUUGCUCCCUCAAAGAGGCGUACGUCUCGAAGAUGGUCAAAGUGACGGAAGGCGAUCGAUGGUCGUUGAUCUCUUUGGGCACGAAUCAUCGCGGCAAGAACGUCGAACUGAAAUUCGUUCACAACAUGAGGCGGCAAUUUGAAUUCUCCGUCGAUUCGUUUCAGAUCAUCCUCGACUCUUUGGUUCUGUUCUACGAUUGCGCCUCUACGAUGCCCAUCAGCGAGUCGUUCUACCCGACGGUGGUGGCCGAGUCGGUGUACGGCGACUUCCGUCAGGCGCACUACCACCUCCAUCACAAGAUGAUUGCCACGCGCAAUCCGGAGGAGAUCCGCGGCGGCGGAUUGCUCAAGUAUUGCAAUUUACUCGUCAAGGAUUACCGGCCGGCCGACCCCGAUCAGAUCAAAACGUUUGAGCGUUACAUGUGUUCCAGGUUCUUUAUCGAUUUCCCAGACGUUGGCCAGCAGCGGCUCAAACUGGACAACUAUUUAUGGAACCAUUUUGUCGGAGCUGACGAAGCCCUCAAGUACGACUAUCUCAUGACUCUUUACAGCGUUGUCGAUGAGUCUACCGUCUGUCUGAUGGGUCACGAACGACGACAGACGUUAUCGUUGAUUCAAGAGCUGGCCUAUCAAGCCUAUUAUGCUGAUCAACAGCAACAGCAUCAUCAACGACAAAUGCAGCAGCAACAACAGCAGCAGCAGCAGCACGCCGCCAAUCAUCCGGCCAGUUACGGUCACGCGCCCGUUUAUGAAGUCCGCAUUUCUGGAUGUCAGCCGACCGUUGUCUAUUCCAGCAGUGGUGGAUACUUUUACGCUCCUGCCGCUGCUCCUCCUCCGCCGCCGCAGACAUCACUCCCUCCGCCAGCUACCACCAGUACUCCUCCUCCGGCCACUAGCACGACUAGCACGACUAGUGGCAGCAGCACGACAGCAGCCGUGACGACAGCAUCGCCGCCUAGCGUUUCAGCCGCCACUCCCUGCUAUCCGUGCUCAACUCCUUGCGCUUGCUCCUGCACGUGGAUGCCUUGUUCUUAAAUUAAAAAAAAAAAAAAAAAACAACGAAGAGGAAAAGGGGGAGGAGGAGGAUAUCCAACACCAAAAAAAACUGCCCGUCCUAGAGGUUUUUUUUUUUUUUUUCUUCAUUCCGUCUAAAGACGAGCAGAGGAGGGUUUCUCUCUGUCUUCCAUCGUCGUCUGUCUGGAAAUUCAACACUUCACACGUCGUGACGCCUGGUGUGUGUUUACACGCAAGUGGAUUUAUGUUCCUUUUUUUUUUCUCCCUACGCCGACAAAACUAUCGUCUUGGCGUUUUUCUUGAUCCUUUUCAAAAGAAAUUGAACCAAACUCGUAUUAAAAAAAGGAAAAAAAAAAUCGACCUUCCCCCCAUCUCUUUAGCUAGAAUUCUAUAUUUUGUUCUGUGUAGAUAAAAAAAAAAUCCGUAGCGAGUGGCAAGACAACAUCACACAUUUAAUCACCACCAUCAUUCUAAAAUCAUCCCUUCAGAAAAAAAGAAAAAAAAAAAACCCUACUGUUGCUGUGUGUGUGUGUGUUAAGUGUAUGUGUAUGCCAAGGUUGUUUGUUUUUUUUCCUUCUUCCUUUCUCUCUUCUUUACAUGUCUGGCUCACUUUAAAAUUAGUUUUCAGCUCGUCCCUUUCCCCACCUUCAUUUUCUUGAAUGUUUACCAUUUUCGACGAGGUCGUCUAGGUAGCAUCUCUUUUGUGUUAGGUCCAACUACUUUCCCUUUCCCCUUCAGCAUCCUCUCUUUUGUAUCGUGCAAGGUGACCCACUUUUCUGGAACACUCUCCCCUUCACCUGCGGAGGAGGGAGCGAUCUCUACACAUAUAUAAAAGACUGACCUUUCCCUUUGAAUAGGCGAGCGGAAAAUCCUGCCCUUCGAAAAAUGUGAUUCCAUCAAAAAGUCUUUUUUUUUUUGUUUUUUUUUUGGUUUUUUAAGGUUGGGAGGGGGUUUUCCCAUGUUUAAAAGGCCUAGUAGGGUCGUUUGAAUGUCAGGAUGUGUUUUCCCAAUGUUUAUAUGUUUCUCUUGGUAGCACCAUCCGACAACCGUUCUCUUUUUUUUCCCCCCUCCAAUUCGUCCUUCGUAUCUUUUUUUUUUUAUGUGUUUUUUCAAGGUCUUCAACUUGUGUAAAUCAAGUUUGAGACCUGUACUGUGCAAGAAGGCCUCCAAUUCACGCUAACCCGCCUGCUCCACAGCGGUGGGGGGACGUAGAAAAAGGAGAAAAAGAAAAGAAAAUCAUUAAAAGAUUUCGGAAAAUAACAGAAAAAAAAAUGUUUCUAAUGCACACUCGAAAAAAAAAAAAAAAAAGGAAAAUGCCGCACACUACACACUCUGAAUAAUGUUUUGUUCUUUUCCGGAGGGAGUAGGUACACACGCAUAUAUAUAUAUAUACAUAGGAAAACAAUUAGCUACCGUCUUUUGUGUUUAUUUCAUUGUCUCCCUCAUCUAUUUUCUCCGUGUAAAAACAAAACUUGCUACGUGUGAUUAUAAUAAUUUUUUUUUUAAAUUAAAAUACUUCUCGUUUCGCUUGUUUCGCAUAACAAUGAAAAAUGGCCGACAAGAUCCGAAUCGAUAGCCUCAAAAGAGAAGAAGCAACAAAAGAAAAUGUGUAAUCCCCCCUGUUUUUUAAGUUGAAAAUGUUUUUGUUUUUCCUCGAAAGAAAAUGCGUUCACGUCACGUGAUUUAUUGGCCAAAAUUUUCUUAUUUUCCUUUUGCAAUUUCGACAAUUUCAACGUCCUCCCUUCGAAAGAUAUUGCGACUCUCUCUGUUGGACAAUUUUUUCUUCAACUUAAUCAGAAAGGAAAAACUGCGACAAGAAAAAAAGAGAAAACAAACGAAAAAUUUCUUUUUGGAAAUUGUAGCCUUUGCUCGUCUGUGAUACGCCCAACCACAUCCACACACACACACACAAACAAACAGAAAAACGAUGCCAACGCAAUUUUCGGCAAAAGAAAAGCAAAACUCGGUUUCGAUUUUUGAGAGGGGUGUUUUCUUUCACGGGGGGUAGGAACCGACUCAUUCACACAUUUCAGAGAGUUUUACAAAACAAAAAGGCAGGCAAAGGAAAUUUCUCUCCUAUUUCAAUGUAUUUUGAUUGUACUACAUGUUUAAAAAAAAAAAGAGCUGGCUCACCUGAUCUAAAAACAAUUUACCUGAAUUUGAACAGAAAAGAUGAUUGAAAUCCCCCAAAUUUUUUUUUUUUAAAUUUAAAAUCUCCUUUAAAAAUUCAAAGAGUCGAUCUCUUGAUGCCAAGAUAGAAAGCACCUGACGUGAACGAAGACGAAAGUUAGUUUUCUUUGUUGUUAUUGGAUGAAAAAAGAAGGUUCGGAUCUUUGCGAGUUUUGAAUCGAUUCCAUUUAGACACACAUCGCCGACACACACACACGCCAAUUUGGUUUAAAAACGAAAAACAAGCAAAAAAAAAUUUGCAUUAUUUCUCUGCUCCCCCCCCCCUACCAUCUUCCCCGGCUAUUGUGGUGAAAUCAAUGUGAUAUAUUAUACAACGUUAUCCUUGUGUGUAUUUUUUUUUUCCCUCGAUGUCUCCAGUUUUUCUCUUCCUCCAUUUAGUUUCUCUUCUAUUUUUUUUGGGCUCCCAUGCGCCUGAAUAUUUUUGUCCCACUAAUUACACAACAACCAGCUGUACCCCAAUUUCUCCUUGGUAUUGUUUGAAUGGAUGUGAUUUACAAUAUCUUCCAAGAAUGCAAACAUCUACCCCCCUUAAAAAAAAAAAUCCUAGAUUUAUUGUACUAGAGGAAGGAAAACAUUAAAAAAAAAAAAAUAUAUUUUUCUUUAAUUUCCCCUUGGUGUGGUUCAUUAUAAUUUUUUGUUUGCCUUCCAAUCAAUUAUGCGCAUUUGGUUCGGGGGUUUUGUUUUUUUCUCCUCUCUAUACAUAACAGUUUCUUAUACAUACUACUAUUAUACAUAUUAUUAUUAAUAUUCCUUUUUAAUUGUAAUCAUCAUUAUGGGGUCAAGGCAAAACAUGUGUGCGAUUCUCUUUUGUUUUUUCUUCUGGCUUUUUUUUUUUGUUUCAUCUUUUUUCGUAGUUGAGAAAAACAAAAAAAAAAUUUGUUGUAGAUGAGGAUAGUGGCAAACGUGUCGACCCCACCUGUUGUAUUUGUCUGAUCCGAUUUUGUAAAACCAAAAUGUUCUUCCAUCCAAGAAAAGAGGGACACAGAUGUCGCCGCAACAUAAUGGAUGAUGGUCCAUUUUGUUUUCCUUUUAACCCUCUUCACAUUUUUUUUUUAAAGGCGAAAAAAAAAGCAAAUUCCUAUUAUCGAGAACAGAAGAAUGACAAAAAGAAAGAAAAAAAAAAAGGAAAAUCCUCAGGUGUCAUAUCCAAUUUUUAUGUGUGUCUCUUUUGCGCGCUGAUGUUCGAAAACGAAGGAAACUGGAAAACGAUUAAAAAUUUCUCUGUGAAAACAAUCUUUUUCUUGAUGUCUUUAACCUUUCGAUUAUUAUACAACAGUAGGUCAUCAUCGAGUCGGCUGCAAAGAAGACAAAACAAUCAUUUGUGUGUCUGUACAAAAAAAAACCAAAAAAAAAUUCAUUGUAAAACCAACAAAAUACGCAAAAAAAAGUCAAAUAAAUUGUGUUUAAACUCA